AUGGAAACCCUGAAGCGAAAGGUGAUUGACACCGACACCAUCGAGUCUGCCUCUGGCAGCAGCACGCCUUCUAAGGUCCCGAAGAUUCACGAUGUCGGGGCGGAGUUCAAGGAGUUGAGAAGACUGAUGGAGCUUGCGCCGGACCAGAUUGGGUCGACGGCGGCGGAGUUCCACGGGCACUUUGACAAGAUUGCGAAGUAUCUGAUGAACUCGGUGGCGAUGGUGAUCAACGACAAGCACUACUACAGGCUGGUGGAGAUCGAGUUCUACCUCAAUGGCGGGAAGCACCCGGACGUGUUCACCCACAGCGACAAGGACCAGAAGACCUGCGGCGAGUGGUACUUCCACAAGAUGAACGGGUCUUACAAAGGCGGGUCCUACAAGGGCGUAGACAUCACCUUUGGGAGGCAUGACACAUGCUUCGGGGGGAUCCUGAUUCGUGGGAUUCAGCUCUCCAAUGACCCGACGGCGAUAAUCAUUGAAGGUCCGUGCCUGGUGGUGGACCAGGUCCUCAAGCACACCAACUCCAAGAUGAUCAUCAACCUGGUGAACAACGCCAGCUUCUCCAAGUCCAUCUUCUCCGAGACUUCUCUCCUCAGGAUUGUUCCCACCAAGCAAAAGAUCAUCCGCCCGCUUAUCAAGGGCCCCAGGGUCGGACUCACACUGAAAAAGACAGACAAGGAGAGGGUAGACUAUCUUAUGAAGGAAUACAGGUACUUGAACAUCCCUGAGCAGCACUCUAAGGGCAAGCCGUACAUCAUCCUGGCGCUGCACAGGCAGGGCAAGACGCUCCAGCAGAUCUGCGACAUCACAAAGACCAAGCAGAUCCACGCCUCGAGGUACAUCGACCUUUACGAGAAGAACAAGAACACCCCGGACUUCUUCAUCGGCAAGACCCUCAACACCAACCUCAUGUGCGAGAUCUAUGCAGCCAUCCGCAAGGGCCAACCUCCAGCAUUUGUUGAGAGAGAUAGAAAAUGA